AGUAUUUUCAACCUCAAAACUUGGAGGCUGUUGUCACGUGGUAAAAGUGGGCAUUUACAGUCCGUUACUUCCGGAAACAUGGAGGCUGUUGUGGGUGAAUUGGUAGCACCCGAAGACCUUUUGAAAUUUGAGAAGAAGUACAACUCUGAAUUGGUGAAGGGGGGCGUAUCGAAGGAGACCAAGUUUGAAUAUGCAUGGUGUCUGACCCGGAGCAAGUAUUCAGGCGACAUCAAGAAAGGAAUCGUAUUGCUGGAAGAGCUGGUUAACAAGGGAUCAAAGGACGAUGCCAGAGACUUCCUGUUCUACCUAGCUGUGGCCAACUACAGACUUAAGGAUUAUGAGAAAGCUCUGAAGUACAUCCGCACUCUCCUGAAGAAUGAACCUGGGAACAAGCAAGCCUUGGAGCUGGAAAAGCUCAUAGACAAGGCUCUAAAAAAAGAUGGCUUGGUCGGCAUGGCGAUCGUCGGGGGAAUCGGCCUGGGCGUGGCCGGAUUAGCAGGCCUCAUUGGAUUGGCUGUGUCUAAGGGUCAUGGUCCGAGGUCCUAAUAUGAAGUGUGGAGGGCCUUAGCUUUACUAACACACCUCAAAGAAAGACUGACGACAAGCAUUCUCUUAACUUGUCCCCCAUAACAAAUUCAACUAAGGUUGGAAAUGGAUGGUGUUUCCAAAGAUGAGAAGAUCACCCGAUGAGCUUCCAAAAACAUCUCACUCACAUUGUCCAUGGAAUAAUGUUUGGGGAUUGGUUUCUGAAAGUAGCCUUAAUUUCACUUAAAUUGUCUUUGUAUUUUAACAGGGGUUUUGAUUCCAGUGAAUUCGACAUGUGUAUAUUCAUACAGAAGUAUAUUGUGCCACAUUUCUUUCUUCCAUAUUAUACAGUGUAAAUAAGGGUGAUAAAAUAUGUAGCUGAACGGAAUGGCAUUUCUUGACUUACUGCCCUCAGUAUGUUAGUUAGCAAGAUGAAUACCCAACUAAUUUGUCUUUAAUUUGCAGUGUAGAAGUCAAAAUAACAGUAUUUAUCCACAAUAUAGCACCAUUUACUCAAGUGAUCGUAAUAACAGGAUACUAACAUGAUUAUGAUUGUUUUGUAUCUGGUGUAAAGUAAUACAUCAAAAUACCAAGACUUAUCAACUUUUGAUUGUAAAUUAAUUCAUUUAAAGUUGGUAUGGUUCUUAAUGUACACAUUUGGAAUGCACUAUUGGAGAUAAGAUUCAUCAUUGUCAUCAUAAUCCUUGCAGAUGUUCAGUGUAAACCAACCACACGUUUGGGUCACUGCAUGCUUUGUUGUCUUUUGAAUUGUUAUAAAUGAUCAACAGGAUGGAAGGAAAUGAAUAAAGGGCAGAGCUAGUAUACACGCACAAUGUUGGCAGACCCAUCUCCCAGUCUGUUCAAUCUAUCAACGUCAUUCUCUAAAGGGAUCGUCUAUUGAUCGACCAAAGUACAGUUUGCACUCCUCAAUCCUCCCUGACCUGCUCGUUGUUUUCACACGUCUAACUCGCAUUCUCUUUACUGUUGAUGUGCAUGUGCCAGGGUUGUGUUCAUUAUGGCAAACCGUAGCAAAAGGUUUUGCAACAGAAAACAAAAACAAGCAUUUCUUAUUAGUUCAGGUAGCCUACUCCAGGUAGCCCUAGUUCAUGUAGCUUCUCCCUGUUUCAGUCCAUUUUCUUCUGUUUGGAGCGGGUCGAGAGUUUCAAGUUCCUUGGUUGUAAACAUCACUAAGGACCUAUCACGGUCCAAACACACCAAGACAGUCAUGUAGAGCACUCCCCAAAGCCUAUUCCCCCACAGAAGGCUGAAAAGAUUUGGCAUGGGACCUCAGAUCCUCAAAAAGUUAUACAGCUGCACCAUCGAGUGCAUCCUGACUGGUUGCAGCACCGCUUGGUAUGGCAACUGUUCGGCAUCCAAUCGCAAGGCGCUACAGAGGGUAGUGCGUACGGCCCAGUACAUCACUGGGGUCAAGCUUCCUGCCAUCCAGGACCUCUAUACCAGGCGGUGUUAGAGGAAAUGCCCUAACAAUUGUCAAAGGCUCCAGCCACCCAAGUCCUAAACUGUUCUCUCUGCUAUCGCACGGCAAGCGGUACCAGAGCGGUUAAUCAAAGGGCUACCAGAACUAUUUACAUUGACCCCCUUAUUGUAUUCUUAUUUCAUAUUUUUUAAAUUGCAAUGUCCGUACUGUGAGACGUAGCUGAUCGUCCUCACAGUGGCAGACCACGUGUAACAACACCUGCACAGGAUCGGUACAUCCAAACAUCACACCUGCGGGACAGGUACAGGAUGGCAACAACAACUGCCUGAGUUACACCAGGAACGUACAAUCCCUCCAUCAGUGCUCAGACUGACCGCAAUAGGCUGAGAGAGGCUGGACUGAGGGCUUGUAGGCCUGUUGUAAGGCAGGUCCUCACCAGACAUCACCGGCAACAACGUGGGCACAAACCCACCGUCGCUGGACCAGACAGGACUGGCAAAAAGUGCUCUUCACUGACGAGUCGCAGUUUUGUCUCACCAGGGUCAUGGUAUGAUUCGCGUUUAUGGUCGAAGGAAUGAGUGUUACACCGAGGCCUGUACUCUGGAGGGGGAUCGAUUUGGAGGUGGAGGGUCUGUCAUGGUCUGGGGCGGUGUGUCACAGCAUCAUCGGACUGAGCUUGUUGUCAUUGCAGGCAAUCUCAAUGCUGUGCGUUACAGGGAAGACAUCCUCCUCCCUCAUGUGGUACCCUUCCUGCAGGCUCAUCCUGACAUGACCCUCCAGCAUGACAAUGCCACCAGCCAUACUGCUCGUUCUGUACUUGAUUUCCUGCAAGACAGGAAUGUCAGUGUUCUGCCAUGGCCAGCAAAGAGCCUGGAUCUCAAUCCCAUUGAGCACGUCUGGGACCUGGUGGAAGAGUGGGGUAACAUCUCAUAGCAAGAACUGGCAAAUCUGGUGCAGUCCAUGAGGAGGAGAUGCACUGCACUACUUAAUGCAGCUGGUGGCCACACCAGACACUGACUGUUACUUUUGAUUUUGACCCCCCUUUGUUCAGGGACACAUUAUUCCAUUUCUGUUAGUCACAUGUCUGCGUAACUUGUUCAGUUUAUGUCUAUGUUGUUGAAUCUUGUUAUUUUCAUACAAAUAUUUACACAUGUUAAAUUUGCUAAAAAUAAACGCAGUUGACAGUGA